AGCUCAGGCUAAGCCAGUCGAGCGGCUGCUUUCCAGCGCGUGGGUGUUGCUCAGCACCAAACCGUCUGGUUGCCUAGGGAACAAGGCAGAAGGGAGGGAGCAAAGUGUUUCCAGGUCAUCCUGAAUAUGGAGGCAGGAGAGCAGCGGCGGUGGGGAGAGGAGCGCGGCGGGGCCGGCGAGCGGCGCUGGGGGGGGCCGCGGGACAGGGACGGGGCCGAGGCGGAGGAGGGCGCGCCGGGGGAAGACGACGGCGACUGGAAGGAGGAGGAGGUGAGGGCCCUGCUGGCCGUGUGGUCCGAGAAGGACGUGCAGUACUGCAUGCGGGGCGCCGGGCGAAACAAAGCCAUAUUCAUCUACAUGUCGAACCGCCUGCACCGGCUCGGCAUCUCCAGGGACUGGCGCCAGGUGCUGGCCAAGUGCGCCAGCCUUAAGAGCCAGUACCACAGCGUCAAGUUCGCCCACAGCACAGGCAACCCGAGCACCCCCAUGAAGUACUUCCAGGACCUCGACUCCAUCAUGGCCUGCGAAAGCGGCGGCGGGCCUCAGGACGACGACGAAGACGACGACGACGAGGGGGAGGGGCAGGAGGAGGAGCUGGACGAGGAGCGGGGAGGAGGGCCCUUCGUGUGCUGGGCCCCUGAUGGGCCCCAGGAAGGGGACGGCUCCUCGGCCGGAGAGCCGCGCAGGGAAGGCAGCCCGUGCGUGAUCCGGGAGCCAUGCUUCGUGCCGUCCGUGGCCACCGAGGGGGGCAAGCACUGGACGGACGAGGAGGUGCAGGCCCUGCUGUACAUCUGGGCCGACCCGCAGGUGCAGCAGCGGCUUCAGGGCACCGUGCGCAACAAGAGCAUCUUCCAGGAAGUGGCCAAGCAGCUGCAGCGCUUCGGUGUGCAGCGCGACUGGAAGCAGUGCCGUUCCAAGUACAAGAACCUCAAGUAUGACUACAAGAACGCCAAGAGUGCAGGCGGCGGCUACUUCGGCAGAACCAUGAAGUUCUACCGGGAGGUGGAGGCCAUCCUGGAGGGCAGAGCCAUGAGGACCAAGGGCUCCACGGAGCUUGGCAAGCAGGAGGAUGCCGGGUCGGCCCCCGACGAGGAGGAGGAGGAGCAGGCCGCGCUCUGGAGAGGAGGACCUGAAGGAGAGCAGGCUGCGCAGAGCAGGCCGCACGACAGAGAGCAGGGCACGCUGGCAAGCCUGCCGAGAAGAGCCGAGGGACAUCUGGACAAGGAGACCGACAAAGCUCCACUCGCGGAUGCGCAGCGGCAUUCGCCGCAGGCCCCUGGCGGAGCGGAGCCCAGGGCCCCCGGCAGACAGAGUGACUGGAGCCCCACCAGGGUGUGGCCCUUCUGUCCGCCGACGAGCGAACUGGGCGCGCUUGACCGCAGCCUCGACCAGUUCCAGGUGACCGUGGGCCGCAAUUGGAGUGACGAGGAGGUGCGGGCGCUCAUCCUGGUGUGCUCGGACACCGAAGUGCUGCAGCGCCUCGAACGCUCCACCCGCAACAAGGACAUCUUCAUGCAGAUCUCGGGCCGCCUGCUGCAGCUGGGCGUUGACCGCGACUGGAAGCAGUGCCGCACCAAGUACAAGAACCUCAAGUACCUGUACAGUGCGCUGCAGAAGGGCCAGGGCGUGCAAGGCCACCCACGCAGGGUCAUGCGCCUCUACCACGAGGUGGACGCCAUCCUCAAGAACUCGAGGGACGCUGGAGACAGGGAGUGCGACCUGCAGGCUCCGCCCACGGGGCACUCGUCGCCCAUCGACCUGCACGCCGGCGACAGCCAGGACCGGGGCCCCUCCUCCAGCACGAGCACCUGCACAGAUGUGUCGCACAGGAGAGCGAAGAGGAAGGCCGUGGACGAAGAGCUGUGGGAGUCGUCCAAGCGCGCUCUGUAUGGAGACGCCGCAGAAGACAGCAGCCCAGACAGGUCCACGCCUCAGUGCAAGGAGGAGCCCGAUGACUACAUCCCCAUCAUCCAGAUCAACUCUGUCUACUCCAUGACCGGCUCUGUGUCCUCGGCGCAGCGUCAGGAGCAGAGAAUCGACGACGAAAUGGCGUCCGGAGCAGAGCUUAAACUGGGACAGAAACUGGCCGAAGGGAAAACGAAGGAGAUCUAUGAGCUCGCUGAUCAGCCAGGUCAUGUUCUGGUCCAGUCCAAAGACCAGAUCACAGCUGGGAAUGCGGCCAGGAAGGAUCAGAUGGAGGGAAAGGCCGCAAUUUCCAACAGAACUACAAGCUGUGUGUUUAGGCUGCUACAAGAAGCUGGAAUAAAGACGGCCUUUGUUAGGCAGCAGUCUGACACUGCGUUUGUGGCUGCACGCUGUGAGAUGAUCCCCAUCGAGUGGGUGUGCAGACGGGUGGCCACUGGAUCCUUUCUCAAGAGGAAUCCAGGAGUUAAGGAAGGCUAUAGGUUCUCUCCAGUCAAGUUGGAAAUGUUCUUUAAGGACGAUGCCAGCAAUGACCCUCAGUGGUCAGAGGAGCAGCUGAUUGAGGCCAAGUUCUGUUUUGCGGGCCUGGCCAUCGGGCGCUGUGAGGUGGACAUCAUGAACCGCAGCACUGUUGCUGUCUUUGAGAUCUUGGAGAAAGCGUGGGCUACUCAGAACUGCACUCUGGUGGAUAUGAAGGUUGAGUUCGGAGUGAAUGUAAUGACAAAGGAGCUCAUUCUUGCGGAUGUAAUUGACAACGACUCAUGGAGACUGUGGCCCGCAGGUGACCGAAGCCAACAGAAAGACAAGCAGGUCUACAGGGACCUAAAGGAGGUUACACCAGAGGCCAUGCAGAUGGUGAAGAGGAACUUUGAGUGGGUCUCCGAAAGAGUCCAGCUUCUUCUGGAGCCACAGAGCCAAGGAAGGGUGGUGGUGCUCAUGGGCUCUGCAUCUGACUUGGCCCACAGCGAGAGGAUCCGUUCUGCCUGCAGCAGUUAUGGUAUCCCAUGUGACAUCAGGGUCACAUCUGCCCACAAAGGACCUGAUGAGACAUUGCGUAUCAAGGCGCAGUAUGAAGGCGACGGUGUGGCUACGGUGUUUGUGGCGGUGGCAGGCAGAAGUAAUGGACUUGGCCCCGUGAUGUCGGGAAAUACAGUGUACCCUGUCAUCAACUGCCCCCCUCUGACGCCUGACUGGGGGGCUCAAGACAUCUGGUCAUCCCUGCGCAUGCCAAGUGGUCUGGGUUGCACCACAGUCCUCUCCCCAGAUGCUGCAGCCCAGUCUGCUGCCCAGAUCCUGGGCCUCAGCGACCACUUGGUCUGGGCGAAGCUGCGCGCAGCCAUGCUGAACACCUGGAUCUCUCUGAAGCAGACUGACCGCAAGCUGCAAGCGUGUAAUCUGUGAUGCUGACAGGAGAUCUUCACUCACAGUGCUGGUGGAGGACUGUUAACUGUGCUGCUCUGCUGCAAGACAUUCCUGAAUUAACGCAGUUCUGCAUGGAAACUGUUUUUCCCCAAAUGGGAAAAUUCUUUCCAGUCUUGAAAUUUAAGAAAUUAUAAAUGAAGUCAGCUAUUCUAGUGUACUGCCCACUUUUUUUCUUUGUAAUUAAGCCUUGGAAGUAAUUGAAACAUCUACCAGAAAUAUAUAUUUCACAUUCAAAAAAUGAGGAAUCUAUGAUCCAUUCAUUAUGGAGAGGGUGGUGUAGCAUAAAGUAGUGAUUAGGGUCGUUACCUUGCAGUCACAAGGUUUCUGCUGUGAAUCCCCUUCCUGUAGUGCUCUUGACCAAGGUACUGAACCCUGGACUGCUCCACCAAGAAUACCCUGCUGUAUAAAAUGGGGUAAAUAAAGUAGCGUAGUUUACAAAAAUAUCACUGUAAGUUGCCUUGGCUGAAGGUGUCAGGUAAAUAAACUGGUUUUAUUAAAGGCAGACAAAAUACACAAUGACUGACUUUAUUUUUAAAUCACUAACACAUCAAAUCAUUGGAGCAAAAAGCUGUAAGUUGCUGUUUUUAACAGCACUGGGAUAGUUUUGGCUUCAUUUUUUUUUUUUUUUUUUUUUUUUAAUUUAUUUUUAUAUUUGGACAGGUUGCCCAUGGCAUCCAUGUUAGUUGUUUUUUUUUUUUUUUUUUUUUUUCUUACA